UAUCAGUGGAAUAAAGCUUUAUUACACUACAAGUUAGCAAUGUUCAGGAGGGAAGCAUUGCCUGAAUACCUAGAACAUCAGGGUGGGUGAGUGACGGCUGAGUGAUGUCCAUUGUCAACAAUUUGUAUGACAACACGCCACGUGUAAAUAUGAACCAUUGGCAGAUAAUCUGUGGACCAUGUCCCAUAUUCAGGUCUUUGGUUAGGUUGUGUCUAACUAUAUAGCGCACACGGACUUUAUAACAGCGUUAAAAGGUGGGGGUGAUCUAAGGUGAAACUAUCCGAACCAUGUCUGUUGGGACUGUAAGUGUUGCGUUGAAGAAUGCUGCUAAGACUAUCGGGGAAGGACCUCACUGGGAUGACAAGAACCAAACACUGUAUUACGUAGAUAUCCUGUCAGGAGUCGUGGCCUCUUGGAAACCUGCCACUGGAGAAGAGUCCCAAAUUAAACUGGAUAACCCUCUCAGCCUGGUGGUGCCGAGUACUAAGGGAGAUUUCAUCGUAAGCCUUGGUCGUAAGCUGGUCCGACUGGACUGGGAGAAGCAGGAAGUGACCAGCGUCCUGGCAGAGGUAGAUCAAGGCACCAAGAACCGUUUUAAUGAUGGAAAAUGUGAUCCGUCAGGCAGACUGUGGGCAGGGACCAUGGGUUAUGAAACUGUUCCUGCACAGCCAGAGCGGCAAAUGGGUUCCUUAUUCUCACUCAGCACAGGUUGUACUUUGGCAAAGCAUGUGGAUAAAAUAGACAUAUCCAACGGUCUGGCCUGGAGCAAUGACAACACCAUAAUGUACUACAUUGACUCUGUUCCACGCAAAGUCUAUGCGUUUGAUUUUGAUAUAAAUGCUGGUGCUAUAAGCAACCAACGCACUGCCAUAGACUUUAAUACACAGCCAGAGGGCGGUCUCAAAGAACAUGGAUUCCCUGAUGGUAUGUGUAUAGAUGUGGAGGGAAAACUGUGGGUAGCAUGCUACAAAGCAGGGAAAGUGGUCAGAUUCGAUCCAGUCACAGCAAAACAAAUCCAGGAGGUCACCUUUCCUGCUGAAAGAAUCACUUCGUGUUGUUUUGGUGGUCCUAACCUGGAUGAGCUGUAUGUGACAAGUGGUGUCCAGGGCUGUACAGAGGAGGAACUAAAGAAUGAGCAGGCACUUGCUGGAUCUGUGUUCAAGGUCACAGGGUUAGGGGUCAAGGGCACACCAUGUCAAAACUUUCAAGGAUAAUAAUUGAAAUUUAAUUUAAAUUGUAUGAUAUGAAUUUUAAUUACCUGGUUAGAGUCAUCUAUGAAAAAUUGAUGGUGCAUUUUAAGUGAUGGUGAGUAACAUUGUUUCAAAUCAUUAAUACAAGAAGUCUAUCUACUUAAUG